AUGCGGAACGUGUUCAUGUUGCUGCAACUCUUAUUCUUCUCUUCAUGCCUUUCUUCUGUUACAGCUUCUGUGUCCUAUGAUCAUAAAGCUGUUAUAAUCAAUGGACAGAGAAGGAUUCUUAUUUCUGGCUCGGUACACUACCCAAGAAGCACUCCAGAGAUGUGGCCUGAUCUUAUUCAAAAGGCUAAAGAUGGAGGUGUGGAUGUGAUCCAAACUUAUGUCUUUUGGAAUGGACAUGAGCCUACUCCUGGAAACUAUUAUUUUGAGGACAGGUAUGAUCUGGUUAAGUUCAUCAAGUUGGUUCAACAAGCAGGCCUUUACCUUCAUCUGCGGAUUGGCCCCUAUGUUUGUGCUGAAUGGAACUUUGGGGGAUUUCCUGUGUGGCUAAAAUAUGUUCCUGGUAUUGAAUUUAGAACCGACAAUGGGCCUUUCAAGGCGGCAAUGCAAAAGUUUACAGAGAAGAUUGUUGGCAUUAUGAAGUCAGAAAAGUUGUUUGAAACUCAGGGAGGUCCAAUAAUUCUUUCUCAGAUAGAAAACGAAUAUGGACCAGUGGAAUGGCAAAUUGGUGCUCCUGGUAAAGCCUACACAAAAUGGGCAGCGGACAUGGCAGUGAAACUUGGCACGGGAGUCCCAUGGAUUAUGUGCAAGCAAGAAGAUGCACCAGAUCCUAUGAUUGACACCUGUAAUGGAUACUACUGUGAAAACUUCAAACCAAACAAGGACUAUAAACCCAAAAUAUGGACAGAGGCUUGGACUGGCUGGUAUACUGAAUUUGGUGGUGCAGUUCCUCAUAGGCCAGCAGAAGAUAUGGCAUUCUCAGUCGCAAGGUUCAUACAAAAUGGUGGCUCAUACGUAAACUAUUAUAUGUACCAUGGAGGAACUAACUUCGGUAGAACCGCUGGUGGUCCCUUCAUUGCCACUAGCUACGAUUAUGACGCCCCUGUUGAUGAAUUCGGGCUACCAAGGGAACCAAAGUGGGGACAUUUGAGAGAUUUGCAUAAAGCCAUAAAGCUAUGUGAACCUGCUUUAGUUUCUGUAGAUCCCACUGUAACUUCACUUGGGAGUAAUCAAGAGGCUCAUGUAUUCAGGUCAAAGUCAGUAUGUGCAGCAUUUCUUUCAAACUAUGAUACAAAAUACUCUGUGAAGGUGACCUUUGGUAAUGGAGAAUAUGACUUGCCUCCUUGGUCCGUCAGCAUUCUCCCUGAUUGCAAGACUGAGGUUUAUAACACAGCAAGGCUCGGUGCCCAAAGCUCACAAAUGAAAAUGAUUCCUAUGGGUGGUUUAUUUUCAUGGCAAUCAUACAAGGAAGAAACUGCAUCAGCUGAUGAUGAUGAUACAACUACAAUGAAUGGGUUGUUGGAGCAAAUCAAUGUGACCAGGGAUGCUACGGACUACUUGUGGUACAUGACAGAUGUCAAAAUAGAUGCCGAUGAAGGAUUUCUGAAGAGUGGGCAGAAUCCUCUUCUCACAAUUUUCUCCGCUGGUCAUGCUUUGCAUGUAUUUAUCAAUGGUCAACUGACAGGUGGGAACCGCAUAUGGGGGUUAUCAAAUCCUAAGUUAACGUUUAGCCAGAACGUCAAAUUGACAGCCGGCAUUAACAAGAUUUCUUUGCUAAGUGCUGCUGUUGGUCUCCCGAAUGUUGGCCUACAUUUUGAGACAUGGAAUGCCGGGGUUCUAGGCCCAGUCACUCUGAAGGGUCUGAAUGAGGGGACAAGAGACCUGUCAGGGCAGAAAUGGUCAUACAAGAUCGGUCUGAAAGGUGAAUCCCUGAGCCUUCAUACUGUUAGUGGGAGUACAUCUGUGGAAUGGGAGGAAGGAUCGCUAUUGGCUAAAAAACAACCACUAACCUGGUACAAGACUACUUUGAAUGCACCGCAAGGCAAUGAUCCACUGGCUUUAGAUAUGAGUAGCAUGGGAAAAGGACAGAUAUGGAUAAAUGGACAAAAUAUCGGACGGCAUUGGCCAGGAUACAUAGCUCAUGGUGGUUGCGGCGAUUGCGAUUAUGCUGGAACAUUUGAUGAUAAAAAAUGUCGAACUAAUUGCGGGGAGCCCUCUCAAAGAUGGUACCAUGUUCCUCGCUCAUGGCUUAAGCCGAGCGGGAAUCUCUUAGUUGUGUUUGAAGAAUGGGGUGGUGAUCCAAAUGGAAUUUCUUUUGUCAAAAGAACUACUGGAAGUGUCUGUGCGGAUGUUUUUGAAGGGCAGCCAACACUGAAGAACUGGCAUGUGAUAGCCUCAGGCAAAGUAAACAGCCUGCAACCCAAAGCCCACUUGUGGUGUCCUCCAGGACAGAAUAUAUCCCAAAUAAAGUUCGCUAGCUACGGAAUGCCUCAGGGGACAUGUGGAAGCUUUCGAGAGGGGAGCUGUCAUGCCCACCAGUCAUACGAUGCCUUACAAAGGAAUUGCGUUGGAAAGCAGUCCUGUUCAGUGACAGUAGCUCCUGCGGUUUUUGGAGGAGAUCCAUGUCCAGAUAGCACAAAGAAGUUAUCAGUUGAGGCUGUCUGCAGCUGA